CACACUCCUCCGAGUCUACCAACAACCAUUUUAAUGGUCAACGCUGUUAAGGUCUUCAAAAAGACUUCACCUAAUGGUAAGGUCACCGCGUAUCUAAGUCGGCGGGACUUCGUGGACCACGUCAGCCACACCUCCCCCGUGGACGGUGUGGUUGUCGUGGACCAUGACUACCUGCGUGGAAGGAGGGUCUUCGCGCGCGUGGCGGUCACCUACCGCUACGGCCGCGAGGAGGAUGAGGUCAUGGGACUUCACUUCAGCAAGGAGCUCGAGCUCGUCAACACCGAGGUCGCUCCCCAUGCUGGAGACGUCCAAAUGACCGACGCCCAAGAACGACUCAUCAAGAAGCUGGGUGCCAACGCCUACCCCAUCAGCGUCAACCUUCCGGAGAACGCCCCCUGUUCCGUCUCCCUCGACGGCGGGAGUGAGGGUUCUACCCAGCCUCUUGGUGUGAUCUACGAUCUCAGGCUGUACGUUGCUGACCGCAAGGAGGAACGUCCUCACAAGCGGAACUCCGUCGGCUUUGCUGUCCGAAAGGUCCAGUACGCCUGUCCUGGAUCCAGCAACCGUCAGCCACAGACCCUGGUCAGCAAGGGCUUCACUCUUUCCCCAGGAAGGCUCAACCUCGAGGUCACUCUGCCUCAGGAUGUCUACUUCCAUGGACAGCCCAUCGAGGCAACGCUUUCCGUCAACAACGUGUCCAAGAAGACCGUGAAGAACAUGAAGGCUGAGGUUGUGCAGCACGUGGAGGUCACCAUGACCAACACUCACUUCAGCCGAGUUGUGGCUUCACUCGAGUCUCGCGAAGGAUGUCCCAUCACCCCAGGAUGCAACCUCACCAAGACCUUCUCCCUCAACCCUGUUGCCUCCGUCAACAAGCGACGCUUCGGCAUCGCCCUCGACGGUCAAGUCAAGGACCAGGACGCCAACUUGGCAUCGUCUACCUUGGUGGCAGAAGGUAAGAACGUCAACGACGCCUUGGGCAUCAUCGUGUCUUCUGUCCGCGUCAAGCUCAACUGCGGCGCCAUUGCCGGCGACCUGACUGCCGACCUUCCCUUCAAGCUGGUGCACCCCGACCCUGCCUCCGUCAAGGCUCCACUGCGCAAGACUCAGUCUGCCGAUAUCGAAGUGGAGGAAUUCACUAACUUGCGCCGUGGUCAGUCCAUUGCUGAGGACGGCGUCAUUCAGCUCUUUCUUGGGGACAAGAAUUAUGAGAGAAGAGAACACACUUUCUGGCUUGUACUGAGAAUACUUCAUGAAGAUGACACCUAUUUCGGCACCGAAAAGACUUAUCGCGCUUCUCUCCGACAGUCUUCGGGACUUCACACUCCUCCGAGUCUACCAACAACCAUUUUAAUGGUCAACGCUGUUAAGGUCUUCAAAAAGACUUCACCUAAUGGUAAGGUCACCGUAUCUAAGUCGGCGGGACUUCGUGGACCACGUCAGCCACACCUCCCCCGUGGACGCAAGGAGCUCGAGCUCGUCAACACCGAGGUCGCUCCCCAUGCUGGAGACGUCCAAAUGACCGACGCCCAAGAACGACUCAUCAAGAAGCUGGGUGCCAACGCCUACCCCAUCAGCGUCAACCUUCCGGAGAACGCCCCCUGUUCCGUCUCCCUCGACGGCGGGAACCCACCUCUUGGUGUGAUCUACGAUCUCAGGCUGUACGUUGCUGACCGCAAGGAGGAACGUCCUCACAAGCGGAACUCCGUCGGCUUUGCUGUCCGAAAGGUCCAGUACGCCUGUCCUGGAUCCAGCAACCGUCAGCCACAGACCCUGGUCAGCAAGGGCUUCACUCUUUCCCCAGGAAGGCUCAACCUCGAGGUCACUCUGCCUCAGGAUGUCUACUUCCAUGGACAGCCCAUCGAGGCAACGCUUUCCGUCAACAACGUGUCCAAGAAGACCGUGAAGAACAUGAAGGCUGAGGUUGUGCAGCACGUGGAGGUCACCAUGACCAACACUCACUUCAGCCGAGUUGUGGCUUCACUCGAGUCUCGCGAAGGAUGUCCCAUCACCCCAGGAUGCAACCUCACCAAGACCUUUCCCUCAACCCUGUUGCCUCCGUCAACAAGCGACGCUUCGGCAUCGCCCGACGGUCAAGUCAAGGACCAGGACGCCAACUUGGCAUCGUCUACCUUGGUGGCAGAAGGUAAGAACGUCAACGACGCCUUGGGCAUCAUCGUGUCUUACUCUGUCCGCGUCAAGCUCAACUGCGGCGCCAUUGCCGGCGACCUGACUGCCGACCUUCCCUUCAAGCUGGUGCACCCCGACCCUGCCUCCGUCAAGGCUCCACUGCGCAAGACUCAGUCUGCCGAUAUCGAAGUGGAGGAAUUCACUAACUUGCGCCGUGGUCAGUCCAUUGCUGAGGACUAAGUCAAGCAGGAACUACAGGAUGCUCGGGGAUCAGCCAAUCAUUAUUAUCUAAUUGGACUUUCAAGCACCAGUUUAAUCGGAAGGGAAAUUGCAGUUAUAAAAUCGCACGGUAAUAGGCCUUUACAUCGUACAAUAUUAUCAUUGACACUUCAUAUUGUCUUCUAUUUAGCAUACGAGCAUCAUUUAUUGAACAUUUAUAUUUUCAUGGACACUUUUCUGUGAUAAUCCUAUUUUCUAUUGAAACUGCAA